AUGCAGGGAUGUCCGAAGUUCAUCGGGCUAAAACAUGUCCCAAAGUUCCACUUCUCAUCAAGUGUUUCCUCUACCAGCUCUAGAUGCUUCAAGGCCACGAUUACUUGCUCCGCCGAAGCUGAAACGCUGAAGGUCGUCCAAGACACAAUUGCUAAGCAAUUGUCCAUUGAAGUUACCACGGUGGCUCCGGAGACCAAGUUUGCUGACUUGGGUGCCGACUCCCUCGAUACAGUGGAAAUAAUGAUGGCUCUGGAAGAGCAGUUUUCGGUGUCCAUUGGCGAAGGCGGAGCCGAGAACAUUCAAACUGUUCAAGAAGCUGCAGAUCUCAUCGAGAAAGUUAAGAAUGCUGCAGCUACUUAG